AUGGCGUCGGGACUCAUGAACGAGCCUCGUUGCCAAGUCGACUACUCUGGAAGAACAAUAACUGCCUGGGUUCAAGAGAUGGCAACUUAUGUAAAAGCUUUAGAUGGCAAGCAUUUGCUGGAAAUAGGCAUGGAAGGAUUCUAUGGGGAUUCGCUGCUCUAA